AUGGAGAACGAACGCGGUGACCUCGUCGACCUCUACGUCCCCCGCAAGUGCUCGGCCACCAACCGCAUCAUCCAGGCCAAGGACCACGCCUCGGCCCAGAUCUCCAUCGGCAAGGUCGACGAGAACGGCCGCUACACCGGCGAGAACCAGACCUACGCCCUCUGCGGCUUCGUCCGCGCCAUGGGCGAGAGCGACGACUCCAUCAACCGCCUGGCGCAGCGUGACGGUUUCCUCAAGAGCGUUUGGAGCGCCAGCCGGUAA